AUGGUGACGAAGCCCUCACAUAACUUAAGAAGGGAGCACAAAUGGUUGAAGGAAACGGCGACUUUGCAGGAAGACAGAGAUUUUGUCUUCCAGGCUAUCCAAAAGCACAUUACGAACAAGAGGCCUAAGACAAAUUCGCCACCUACUACCCCAUCCAGAGAUGAGUAUGGAGCAGGAGCAACAAAUUUAUUAACCAGUGUUCCUGCCUCUGCAUCUACUAAUACUGCUACGAAGCAACAUGAGGUUUUGCAAACAUUAUCGAACGACACGGAAUGGCUCUCCUACCCUGCCACAUCAAACCAAUAUACUGACGUACCCAUGGUUGAUAUACCAGCCAGCACAAGUGUUGUAUCGAACCCAAGGACCCCCAGUGGCUCAAAAGCCCACAAUUUCAACACAUAUCCCUCGCAUAUGGGUAGUUCUCUUGUGGAAAAUGACAGUAGUAGAAAUCUAGACUGCAGAAAUAAUAUUAAAGAUUUAACUGAUAAUUCAGGUACAAACAAACAGUUCGAGAAUAAUAUGAAAGUAGAGGUAAUCCGACUUCAGAGCUCCCUGAUUGCGGCCUUAAAAGAACAAUCGAAAUUAUUAAUGCAAAAAUGUAGCAUCAUCGAAUCUACAUCAUUGUCAGAGGACGCCAAAAGGCUGCAAUUAAGUAGAGAUAUACGGCCCCAGUUAUCAAAUAUGUCCAUCCGAAUAGAUUCCCUGGAAAAGGAGAUCGUAAAAUCUAAGAAAGAUGGAACGUCAAAAGGCCAUAUUAAAGGACGCAGUCAAAUUCCUUCACAAGAUGAUAAUAUUAUAUCAAGCAUUCUGCCUAGUCCCUUGGAAAACAAUACAUCCUCCAGGAAUUCAAAUCUGACAAAUACGGCUGCAACCACUGUCACUAAGGCUUUGGUCAUCACUGCAACCAAACAAACUAUUUCUAAUAACACGAAUAAGAAUAGCAAUAACAAUAGUAACGACGAUGAUUUGAUUCAAGUUCUAGAUGAUGAGGAUGAUGUAGAUUAUGAUCCGCCCAUAACACUGAAAGAGGGGGCUCCACAAUCUCCUGCAUUCCCACCUCUCCACAUGUCCUCAGAAGAACAAGAUGAACUUAUAAGAAGCAGGAGUAUGCGUUCGAGAGAACCAGUUAACUAUAGAAUACCUGACAGGGAUGAUCCUUUUGACUAUGUAAUGGGUAAAUCUUUGAAAGACGAUUAUCCGGAUGUUGAACGAGAAGAGGAUGAAUUAACAAUGGAGGCAGAAGAGGAUGCCCAUUCUAGCUAUAUGACUACUAGAGAUGAAGAAAAAGAGGAAAGCGAUUUGUUAAAUCAAAGCGAUUUUGAUUUUGUAGUAAACGAUGGUCUUGACCCAACUCAAGACACUGAUUAUCAUGACAAUCUGGAUGUUAGUGCUAAUAUUCAAGAAAAAUCCCAAGAAGACGAUACCAGAUCCACAAUUACUUUAUCACAAAAUAAAAAUGUUCAGGUUAUUUUAUCAUCUCCAACAGCACAAAGCGCUUCAUCAAAUUGCCAAAAGCUAACAGGUGUGGAGCAUAUUGACUUGUUGGAAGAUGACCUGGAAAAGGAUGCAAUUCUGGAUGAUAGUAUGAGUUUCUCUUUUGGUCAUCAACAUGUGCCCAUGUCUCAUUCUGAUUUAGAGUUGAUAGACAGCGAAAAAGAAAAUGGUGGUUAUGAAGAAGAUAAUAACAAUAACGAUGUCGAGUACCUAUCAGAUAGCGAUUUAGAAAGAUUUGACGAAGAAAGAGAGAAUAGAACCCAAGUAGCAGAUAUCCAGGAACUAGACAAUGACCUGAAAAUAAUAACAGAAAGAAAGCUUACCGGUGAUAAUAAUCAUCGAUCACCAUCUUGGUCUCCCAUAAUAAAAAUGGAGAAAUCCAGUGUUUGUCAAAAGGGCGAGGAAGACGAUUUUGAUGACGAUUUUUCAUUAAGCGAUAUAGUGAGUAAAUCCAAUUUACCCUCCAAAACGAACGCUCCAACCUACCCUUGGUCUGAUGAAGUUUUAUACCGUUUACACGAAGUAUUCAAACUGCCUGGUUUCAGACCCAACCAACAAGAGGCUGUCAAUGCGACUUUGCAAGGUAAAGAUGUUUUUGUGCUUAUGCCGACAGGGGGUGGUAAAUCUCUUUGCUAUCAACUUCCUGCAGUGGUUAAAUCGGGUAAGACACAUGGUACUACUAUUGUCAUCUCUCCGUUAAUUUCCCUGAUGCAAGAUCAAGUGGAACAUUUAUUGAAUAAAAAUAUUAAAGCGAGCAUGUUCAGCUCGAGGGGGACCGCUGAGCAAAGACGACAAACUUUCAAUUUAUUUAUCAAUGGAUUAUUGGAUUUAGUUUACAUAUCUCCUGAAAUGAUCAGUGCUUCAGAACAAUGCAAAAGAGCUAUCAGUAGAUUGUAUGCGGAUGGUAAGUUGGCCCGUAUUGUUGUAGAUGAAGCGCAUUGUGUUUCUAACUGGGGCCACGAUUUCAGGCCUGAUUAUAAAGAAUUAAAAUUUUUCAAAAGAGAAUACCCUGAUAUCCCAAUGAUUGCUCUAACUGCAACUGCAAGUGAACAAGUCAGAAUGGAUAUCAUUCACAAUCUAGAGCUGAAGGAGCCUGUUUUUCUAAAGCAAAGUUUUAAUAGAACAAAUUUGUAUUAUGAAGUGAACAAGAAGACCAAAAAUACCAUUUUUGAGAUCUGUGAUGCCGUUAAAUCUAGGUUCAAAAACCAAACUGGUAUAAUAUAUUGCCACUCUAAAAAAUCUUGCGAACAAACGUCAGCUCAAAUGCAAAGAAAUGGCAUCAAAUGUGCAUAUUACCAUGCAGGUAUGGAGCCUGAUGAAAGAUUAAGUGUACAAAAGGCAUGGCAAGCGGAUGAGAUACAAGUUAUUUGUGCUACCGUCGCUUUCGGUAUGGGUAUUGAUAAACCUGAUGUCAGAUUUGUUUACCAUUUUACUGUUCCCCGAACAUUAGAAGGGUAUUAUCAAGAAACCGGCCGUGCCGGAAGAGAUGGGAAGUAUUCAUAUUGUAUUACCUACUUUUCAUUUAGAGACAUUAGAACCAUGCAGACAAUGAUUCAGAAGGAUAAGAACUUAGACAGAGAAAAUAAGGAGAAACAUCUGAAUAAAUUACAGCAAGUGAUGGCGUAUUGUGAUAACGUUACAGAUUGCAGAAGAAAGUUGGUUUUAUCUUAUUUCAAUGAGGAUUUUGACUCCAAAUCGUGUCACAAGAACUGUGACAAUUGUAGAAACAGCGCCAACGUGAUCAAUGAGGAAAGGGAUGUUACAGAACCUGCCAAGAAGAUCGUCAAAUUAGUGGAAAGUAUCCAAAAUGAAAGGGUCACAAUAAUUUAUUGCCAAGACAUUUUUAAAGGUUCGAGGAGCUCAAAAAUUGUUCAGGCAAACCAUGACACAUUAGAGGAACAUGGUCUCGGUAAAUCCAUGCAAAAAUCUGAAAUCGAGAGAAUUUUUUUCCAUUUAAUUACGAUCCGAGUUUUACAAGAGUAUUCAAUAAUGAACAAUAGCGGCUUUGCUUCAAGUUACGUAAAAGUUGGCCCCAACGCUAAAAAAUUGCUCACCGGAAAAAUGGAGAUAAAGAUGCAAUUUACAAUAUCGGCACCAAACUCCCGUCCCUCGACAUCUUCUAGCUUUCAACCAAAUGAAGAUAAUACACCAGUUAUUGCACAGAAAUCAACGACUAUUGGAGGAAGUGUGGCUGCUAAUCCACCGCGCUUUAUAAGUGCGAAGGAACACCUAAGAUCGUAUACAUAUGGUGGUUCGACCAUGGGUGCCUCUCAUCCGAUCUCUCUGAAGAACACGAACGAUUUACGUUCAACACAAGAACUUAAUAACCUGCGAAUGACAUACGAACGUUUGAGGGAAUUAUCUUUAAAUUUAGGAAAUAGAAUGGUUCCUCCAGUUGGGAACUUUAUGCCUGACUGUAUAUUAAAAAAAAUGGCGGCAAUAUUACCGAUGAACGACUUAGCUUUUGCAACUUUAGGUACCGUGGAGGAUAAAUAUCGCCGAAGGUUCAAGUACUUCAAAGCCACGAUUGCGGAUCUUAGCAAGAAAAGAUCCAGCGCGGACCAUGAAAAAUACGACACAAUAUUGAAUGAAGAAUCUGCGAACGGAGCGUCUGCUUCCGACAGUGGGAUUGUUCAAAGUACUGGAACAAGAUCUAAGUUUUUUGACGCCAAUCCAAACGAAGCUAGGGAAAAUGAGCAAAUAAUCAACCAAAUCAGACAAAGUCAGUUACCCAAGAAUGCCACAAGCAGUAAAUCAGGUACGAGGGCGAUCUGCAAGCCGGUCAAGAAGUCUACCAAUGGUAGACGAGGUUUUAGAAACUACCGAGGUCACUACAGAGGAAGGAAGUAA